AUGGACAAAGCGCAGCAGCCUAGCUCUUUUCAACAGCUGGAAAAGCUAGGAGAAGGAACGUAUGCCACUGUAUUCAAGGGCCGGAAUCGCCAGACUGGCGAGCUAGUAGCUUUGAAGGAGAUUCAUCUUGAUUCCGAGGAGGGGACACCAUCGACGGCCAUUCGAGAGAUCUCAUUGAUGAAGGAGCUUAAGCAUGAGAGUAUUGUUUCGCUUUACGACGUCAUCCAUACCGAAAACAAGCUGAUGCUCGUUUUUGAGUAUAUGGACAAGGAUCUGAAGAAGUACAUGGACACUCGAGGCGAACGGGGACAAUUAGACCAGGCGACGAUCAAGUCAUUCAUGCACCAGCUCCUCAAGGGCAUCGCGUUUUGUCACGAGAACCGAGUCCUCCACCGUGACUUGAAGCCCCAGAAUCUCUUGAUUAACAAAAAGGGGCAACUCAAACUAGGAGACUUCGGUCUUGCCCGGGCUUUUGGCAUACCCGUCAAUACAUUUUCGAACGAGGUAGUGACGCUAUGGUACCGCGCCCCCGAUGUCCUCCUCGGCAGCAGGACGUAUAACACAAGUAUUGAUAUUUGGUCUGCUGGAUGUAUCAUGGCGGAAUUGUACACUGGCCGUCCACUGUUCCCAGGCACCACCAAUGAGGACCAGUUGCAGAAGAUCUUCCGUCUCAUGGGAACGCCGUCGGAGCGCUCGUGGCCCGGUAUCUCUCAAUUGCCAGAAUACAAGCCCAAUUUCCAUGUCUAUGCGACACAAGAUCUAGGCCUUAUCUUGCCCCAAAUCGAUCCUCUUGGGCUCGAUUUGCUAAACAGGAUGCUUCAACUUCGACCAGAGAUGCGAGUUAGCGCUCACGAUGCACUGCAGCACCCGUGGUUCCACGAUCUGCCUCAAAUGCAGGCACAGCUGCAGCAGCAGCAGCAGCAGCAGCAGCAGCAACAACAACAAAUGUCCGGGUACGGAGGGAUGGUUACUUCCCAGCAGGCGUAUCAAUGA